AUGGGAAAACUGGGAUUUAAAAGCGGUAAGAAGAAAGCUCAAGGACAGAAAGAAGGAGAUUCUAGUCUAGUUGUUUCUUCAACUGGUACCUCUCCCUCAAUCCCUGACAGAGCUGAAGAAGAUGUCACGGAUGGAGGAGCUCCAGCUUCCUCAUCUGACAAGGUUAGUAACAAUCCUCGAGCUGAUAGAAAACAUAGUUGGGUGUGGGAGCACUUUAAGGAAUAUAAGGAUGUAAAAGUCACUAAAGUAAAGGGUCAAGCAGAUAUUGUAGAAGAAUUUAGGAGGGCUAAGUGUAUAUAUUGUCCUAAGGGUCCUCUAGGAGACUAUGCUUGUGAUCCCUACAAAAAUGGGACUCAAGGGAUGAUUAGGCUCAUAAACAAAUCAUGUAAGUAUUAUCCCGGAAGGAGAGCGAUAGAUAAAAAUCAGAAAGUGCUUGCUGGUGAUAAAAGUAAGGGUAAUUCUAUGAAAAUGGUAGCAUUUAAUCCUCUUGAAGUUAUGAAAGCAUGUGUUGAAAUGGUUGUAGUUGAUGAGCUUCCUUUUAGCUUCGUUGAAAAGCAAGGGUUUAGGCAUUUUUGUCAUGUUGCAAUGCCAAUGUUUAAGGUCCCUUGUAGGAAAACUUUGGUUAAAAAUUUUCUUACAUUGUAUGAUAAGACAAAGAAGAAGUUGAAAACUGAUUUAGCACACUAUAGGGUCUGCCUAACCACUGACACUUGGACAAGUGUUCAAAAUUUCAACUACAUGGUGCUAACUGCACACUUUAUUCAUGAUAAGUGGGAAAUGCAUAAGAGGAUAAUCAAUUUUUGCACUAUUUGUAAUCAUAGUGGGAAUUCCAUAGGUCUUUUGAUUGAGUCAUGUUUGCUUCAGUGGGGGAUUAGCAAGGUUUUAACCAUCACAGUAGAUAAUGCAGCAGCCAAUAAGUGUGCUAUUGAGUUUGUUAGGUCCAAACUUAACAAAAGAGAAAAACCAGAAUCAAUCUUAGAGGAUCCCUUGCAGAGGAUUGGUUGUUAUGGAUGUUCCCACGAGGUGGAAUUCAACAUUCUUAAGGAAGCUGCCUUGAAGUUCAAAGCAGCCUUUGCAAGGAUGGAGGAGCAACCGGACAGCGGCUUUUCAGCCUAUUUCAAAGAGCCUGACGAAGAGUAUGAUGAGGAUGGGAAUUUGGUUCCAAGUAAAAGCAAGAGGCCUAGAGUGGGGCCUCCAUCCGAGGAUGAAUGGGAUAAGGCGGAAGUGUUUGUGCAGUUUCUUAGGGUAUUUUAUGAAGUAACUCUAAGAGUUAGUGCAAGUAAUGGGCCCACAAUUCAUACCACUUUUCAUGAUGUGUUGUCAAUCGAAUCGGAGAUUAGCAAGCUCUUCAUAGAACCAGAAAUUGCAACAGGUUUGGACACCCAGAAGGUUUUGAGUGAUAUGGCAGAAAAUAUGAGGUCCAAAUUCAUCAAGUAUUAUGGUGGCUUUCGGGAUUUGAAUCCCUUGGUGUUUAUGGGGCUGAUCCUUGAUCCUAGAUUCAAGCUAAGGCAUGUAACUCAUCUUUUGACAAAUGAAGGGUUUGAAUUGGAAGAUGUGCGGACUAAAACGACGGAGUUACGUGAUGUGUUGAUGUCCUUGUAUGAAGAGUAUGCACCAAAGGAGGCCCCUGCAAAGAAGAGAGGUCAAAUAGAGGUUGAAAGCUCAUCUUCACAAAGCACUACAAAUACUUGUUGGACCCUCUUGAAUUCACAAGUGAGAAGGAAGGGUUCGAGUUCCCGAUUCUGUUAUGGUGGAAGAUCAAUGGAGCCAAGUACCCUAUACUUCAAGCAAUAG